UAAUGUUCAGAUUUGAGAUUCGAGAUUUGUUAAUUGUUGUAUGAAAGAGGUCUAAAAAUAUGCACAUCCAUGUUUACACAGAGACUUAGAUUAGGCUUUGUUUUAUGGUUUAGGUUGAAUUGUAAAGCAUUCCUUUCGUUGCAGUCCAUCUCGCUUUAGUCCACAUUUGCAUUAGCUGUUGAAGGAAUAGGUCACAGAAAAACAGAUUGCAGGGUAUUUACUCAACCUUGGACCAUCUGAGAUGGUAAAGAGUUUAAAGCGUCAUUGUAAAAAAAAUUGAAGAAACGUAGCAUUGCAUCUCUUGCUUUCUUGCUAUUAUAGUUAACAUCAGUUAACAUCUUGUGACGUGAAAAGCUGUCUGUUUAUGAGAGUUUUCUAUCCAAAUAUAUCGCUUUGUCCAGUGAAAAGUCACGUCUGAAUCAGGAGAGAAAUAUGCACAGAUCAAGCACCAUUUAUGAGCAAAAACGUUACAAACCAGUUUUUAUAUUUUGGACACGAGCAAUGGUUUAAAGCCAAAAGUUAUGACUUACAAGACAUUCAUUGAUGAACUGCAGUCAUGUGGAUUAAGUCAUGCAAGUAUAAAUUUCUUCAAAUCUUCGAUUGUUUUUUUCAUUAAUGCAACUUCAGUAUAAAAGUUGUUUUUUUGGGGGGGGUUUACAUCGCAAGACAGGUUAAACGUUUUUGUGAAGAUUUUUUCCAUCUACAUUGCAAAAAGCACUGUAAAGCAAUUGAGAGUGAAAGGCAGGAAGGGUCAGCUACGUCUCUGCAGCCGGUCUGUGUACGUGAGUGACAGGUGUCAAGGGCCAGUCCCGCGCAGGACCCUCAGAGCUCAGACACAAGCCCCUCUUCACUGUCAUUGGCCGAGACAGGCCUGUCACUCCUGGGGGCCUCAGGGGGAUAAGACCCUCCCCUUCUUCAGGAGAUGCUUACGGGCUGAAUGGGUUAUGUAUCUGAUGUCUCUCAAGAACACUGCCUUCAUUACACUUCUAUCAAAUAUUUAUCAUGCUUUCUUAUUCUACCCUGACAGUUUGACAAAACUCCAUUAUGUGAACAAGAUGGCUUAAAAUUGUAACACGAAACUGUGAAAUAACUUUUACAAGAAAAGUUGGAAAGCAUGGAAACAAACAAAAUGUACCUUGUAUCUGAAAAAUUUUAAGCCACCCAUAAAAUUUAGGCUUAGUUAUGCAUUUUACUACACAUACCUACACCCACAAAGUGUUUAAGCUGUUUUAAGCCUUAAAAAAAGUAUCCAGUAACUAGAUGAACACCACAAAACCUUUUCUAAGGAGCUGUUGCUUCCAUGUUUUGGGUUGAUGCAGAAUUAGGGAGUGAUGUCUAUCUGGAUGGUAUUGUCACAGUUAUAGAUGCUAAAUAUGGAAUGCAGCAUCUAACAGAAGAGAAGCCAGAGGGUCUUAUCAAUGAAGCUGCAAGGCAGAUAGCUCUUGCUGAUCUGACCAUCAUCAAUAAAACCGAUCUAGUGAACGAGAGUGAGCUGGUGGAGCUCAGAGAUACGGUGAGAUCAAUAAAUGGGCUCGUAAGGAUUCUGGAGACACAAAAAUCCAGGGUUGACCUGUCUCAAGUAUUAGAUUUGCAUUCAUUUGAUAUCAACGAUGGUGUAAGGUUAGCUGAAAAGCUGCAGCUGGUGAAAACAAGCCAUCCCCAUCUAGACAAGACUAUGCUGACUAUAACAUUUGAAGUUCCUGGCAGUCUGUCAGAAGACCUAUUAAAUAUAUUCAUUCAGAAUCUCCUAUGGGAAAAGACAUUUAAGAACAAAGCAGGCCUGCCGAUGACAGUUAUUCGAUUAAAGGGGAUCCUCUCCAUCCAGCAGAAACAUAAGAAGGUGAUGUUGCAGGGCGUCCAUGAGCUUUAUGAGCUGGAUGAGACUCCGGAGUUCUGGGCAGAUCACGAGCCAAGAACCAACCGACUUGUCUUCAUAGGUCGAAACCUUGAUGGCGAGAUUCUGAAGAAAGAGUUUAUUUCAGCCAUGUCAAAUAAAGACUGUGUUGAGUAGACGAUAUCUGCCACGUAUACAAACCACACAACACCAACAGUCCCAAAAUCACUGGAAAACACAGCUGCUGUUGUUCGCAGCCCAGAGUUUUAAACGUUUGUACCUGGGUUGCAAAUCCUACGAUUGCUUAAUAGGUGCUUAUCAUGCUUUAUAAUGUUUUUAAAUAGAAAUAGUGCUCAAAUCUGACACUUUUUUUUUAUUCUGAACGUGUAGAGCAUGAAAUCUUUUUGAAACACAUUUCAAACCAGUAAAACUGAUGUUAACUGAAAUGUCUUAAAAUGCGAUUUAUUUUACAUUUCCAUUAACGUUUACUCCAAAUGUAUAUCUGGAAAUGCAUUAUAGUUGAAAAACCUCUGGUCUUUUGUUUUAAGAGUGUGUCGUUAUUUAAACAGUUCAUUUGGGUGGACAAUUGCUAAUCGUGUUACAUAGACUUUUUCACAGUGUAAAGUGUAAAAUAGCAGUAACCAGUAAAAUAAAUGUAGUCUUGAGUUACUCGG